AUGGGGAGCAGCAAGAUGUCCAGAUGGAAUUAUGAGGAAUAUCAGAUGCCUUGGGGACGCGAUUCCCUGCCCUUCCCGAUUGAACAUAAAGGGAAUCUGGCAACUUUUAGGUACCUAAUAGGUGCGGCCGUCCAGACUGGACAGGAGCAGCCUGGUGUCCCCGGAGCAGCACCUUCAGCCGGCCUUGGCCUUGCUCCGUGGGGGCCCUCUCACUGCACACACAUGCUCCAGGGGCUGCCAUGGAAGGGCAGCUGGGUCCUCCAGCCUGCGAGCCCCCCUUUUCACAAAGACUCUCCCCGCUUUCUGAAGGAGAUGGGCCUGAAGGCACCGGAGGAGCUGUGGCCGUGCCGACGGAAGCACCGGCUGUGCCUGAAGCCUGAGACAAGCCAGGUCCCUGCAUCCCUGGGGCAGGGGGAGAGCGCUGAAGAGCCGGGACCCUCCCGGGGGAAGAGGCUGCGAUUGAUCUGGAGCCGGACCAGUGACUUCAGACAGAGGGAGAUGGAGAACGGGCUGGAGGAGGUUCCGCGGAGCAACGAGGAAGAGGAGGAGGAGAGGCAGUCUCGGUCCUGCUCCCCUGAGCUGCCUCUUUCCGACGAUGCCCGUCCCAAGCCGGACUUUGUACAGCUGAUUGACGAGCGUGGUAUCUACUCCACCGCCAAGCUGGUACUGGGGAGUGCAGUGGGUGAGCUGGAGGAGGCAGCAGUGGGGCUGCCGGCCCACCCAAAGCGGGGAGCGAGCGGUGUCGGUGAGCUGGAGAUCCGUGAGGUGAUAGUGGAUGAGAAGCCCUUCCAGUGCGGCGUCUGUGAGAAGGCCUUCAAGCGGGCCUGGGAGCUCUUCAGCCACGAGGUGGUCCACAACGAGGAGCGUCCCUUCCGCUGUGACCUCUGCCAGGCCUCCUUCAAGCGCCACUCGGACUUCAAAAGCCACCGGCUGGUCCACACGGAGGAACGACCAUUCCGCUGCGAGCUCUGCGGCAAGCGCUUCAAGCGCUCCUCCAACCUUCAAGAGCACCGGCGCAUCCACAGCGGCGAGCGUCCCUUCCGCUGCCCCCGCUGUGCCAAGAGCUUCAAGACCCCCUACGAGCUGCAGCGCCACGCGCUCACCCACUGCGCUGAGAAGCCCUUCAAGUGCGCCGACUGCGGGAAGGACUUCCCCACCUCCAACGCCCUCCUCCUCCACCAGCGCCAGCACUGCGACGACAAACCCCACGUCUGCGGGGUCUGCGGGAAGAAGUUCACCUACGGGCACAGCCUCAAGGUGCACGAGCGGGUGCACACGGGCGACCGCCCCUUCAUCUGCCCGCUCUGCGGCAAGGGCUUCAAGCAGUCCAAUGCCCUCUCCUCCCAUGAGCGGGUACACACUGGUGAGCGCCCCUUUGUCUGCAAAACCUGCGGGAAGGCCUUCAAGCAGUCGUCCUACCUGGUGAUCCAUGAGCGGGCGCACACAGGAGAACGCCCUUACAAGUGCGAGGUGUGCGGGAAGGCCUUCGCCCGGCCCUCCUUGCUCCUCCAGCACCACCGCGUGCACAGCCAGGAGCGGCCCUACAAGUGCAGCUUCUGUCACAAGUUCUUCAAGGACCUGGCCUACCUGGCCGUGCACGAGAAGGUGCACACGGGCGAGACCCCCUACAAGUGCAGUGUCUGCGACAAGGGCUUUGCUCAUCCCUCCAACCUGCUGCAACACCAGCGUGUCGAGGGCUGGCCCCGGCUGUGUUAG